CACAAACAUCACACUGAGGCCAACAACCAGCAACGGAAGACCACCAGAACUAUACGCAACACCACCACCACUACCACCACCACCUUACUCCCGAAGUCCCAAUGCAGCGCCCCCAAAACCAAAAUCUCCAGAUCACUUCCGACCAUCCCCCCAAACCACCCUCUCAACCCCACCCCUCCGCAAUCACAAAAGCACCCCCAAUCUCCGCCAUCCGCCAUCCGCCAUCCUCCGCUCCGCAACCGACCUCCCAAGCCCAGGCCCAAACGCCAUCCAAAAAGCCUACGGCGAAGUCUCCCACUUCCUAGGAGGUCUCAUCGCCCACCCAACAGAAUCAACCCGCCACUACACAAUCCUCCGCCACUCCCACGGCAUAGUCUUCUACCGCGGCAGCACGACCUCCAUCGCCAUAUCCAUUUUCUCAGAUACACCCCUCCCACAGGACAGAACAUACUUCCUCCAAAGUCGCGGCUGGACCGGGAAAACAGGCAUGAAAGCCAAAGCCCUUUUCCGUCUAACAGACGACUGGCUAGACGUGACACCUUCAUUCGCGCUUCGCGCAAACCAAGUCUCUCCGGGCGACGAACGCGCUUGGCAAAGAGACAUUCACAAAUUCCGCAAAAAGGCACCCUCGAAGCUACUAAGCCACAAACUCCGCGAGACGAUUGUCGCAAGGAUUCCCGCGGAAGCAGGCGACGGCUACUUUCAACUGAACCUCUGCCAAUCCGCAAAGAAAAAGGUUCUUUGUUCGAGCCCUGUUUUCAGGGUCCUAAGUACAUCACUAGAUCCCAGUUCAUUACGCGGCGCAAGUUUAUCAACUAUGCCCCUCGAAGUCGGUGCAAUGGUCCUAAGUACAUACGCACAAACAGCAGCACAAGCGAUCCUUAACCCAGUGACAUCAGCGGUAUCAAACAGAUUGUCACCCUACAAACCAGGCGCAGUCACACAAACAGCAGCAGAGACGGCAUACUCCCUAAGCGGAAUGGAAGAUCGUGUGGCGCGCAUAAGGAAUCGCAGAGGCAACGAUGAUUCAGACCCCACCGACGAGACAGAAAGUCAAUCGAGACAAAUCCAAGAAUACCAAAAGGCCGCGGCACUGGAAAACGGCCCGCAAUCGCCCUUCCCAAUGGACUUCAAAGCGCGCACCCAGCCCCAAACUCAGAGUCAAUUCGGCGACACAUCACGAUACACACUAACCAAAGUCCCGGAUACAGUGUUGGACAAGCUGCGCGGGUAUUUCCUCGCCUGGGCGCGCUAUGACCUGGACAGGAGACCGUCAAUUACACCUCCUAAAUCACCUACUCAGUUUUCAAGUUCACCAUACACCCCUUACCAUCCCCAGGACACAACAUAUCUAACCCCAUCCAGUUCCCAAGAACCCCAAGCCCAAACUCAAACUCAAAGCCAGAAAAGCCCAUGGUACCCGACAAUCCUCUCCAUCAGUCCCCUAAACCCAUCCUACCAGAGUAGGGUGAACCUAACGUCAGCGAUGCAAAAAAUAGCCCUCCUCCGAUUCAUCGACGAAAUCAACAUCCCAGCUUCAAGCAGGGUGCAAAUCCGCGUAAUGUGCUUUCUCCGUCCGGAUAUACCUCCCCCGUCUCCGUCUGGUAUGACAGAAAAAGAUCUUCUGGUCGCGCGAGAAAGGGCAGCUGAAGCCGAAAUGCUGGCUGAUGCGUGUGAUAUUGAUUGUGCGCAGGCGAUACUGGAACAUCCGGCUUGGGGGCCGGAGGUGUUUGGUGCUCCUGAGCGGCAGGGGAGUUGGAUGGAUAGGACGAGAGAGGGGAUGGAGAAUGCAAGGACGCGAGCGGAGAAGAUGGUUGAGAAAGUGCCGCUUCAUUGGAUUGGGGUCCGGUCGGCGAUGGCGGAGACACAAGAUCGACAAGUCGAGGUUAAUGGGUUUUAUAUUGUCCGAUAGUCGAUCUGGUUCGAUGUUUGUUUAUGUACAUUGCUUUGUAUUAUAUGUGGAUAAUUUAAUU